AUGGGUCGACUAAUCCUCUGUGCAACUCUUUUUGCCCUUGUGGUUGUAAGUUUUGCACAUACGCACAGUCACGAAGCUCCACACCUGAAGUACAGCCGGGAGGUGAAUGAAGCUGUAAGAGUCGAUUUUUUACUUGUUUUUGGAUGUUUAGGUAAUCGAAUUAGUAUUUAAAAUGGUCCCUAUCGAACGGAAAAAAACGUUCAAUGCCAAAUUGAUUCAGUUUUUGUUAUGGCACGAAGUCUAUAAUCGAAAAUAGCAAACAGGCGGAAAAUUUCCCAUAGUUUUGACGAAAAUCUCGACAUUUUUGUCCAAGGCCGCUGCAAAUCACUUCCUUUUAGGCUGCCCGUGGAGAAGACACUGUGCUAGAUCAUGGACAUUCACAUGGGGGUCAUGACGACCAUCACGAUUAUCAUGAUCACCAUGACCAUGCUCACGAACAUCAUGGACAUUUGCAUCAUGAUGACCACGAUCAUGACCAUGAGCACGACCACCAUCAUGAGCACGGCCACCAUCAUGAACACGAUCAUCAUCAUGAGCACGACCACCAUCAUGAGCACGACCACCACCAUAAACACGAUCAUCACGACCAUCAUGGGCAUGAUCAUGACCACCAUCAUCAUCCCGUGGUUUCGGACUUCAAAUUCUCGGAGACCGGGUAGGAUAAAUUAAUUAUAUAUGAUUUGUUCUACGUUUAGUCCUUUGGCUUUCCUAAACGACCCGAAACAGCGAUUCUGGACGUUCUCCAUUGGCUCUACGAUCCUCAUUAGCUUGUUCCCAUGCUUCAUUUUGACUUUUAUUCCAAUCAAUGUAAGCUAAUAUAAUUUUUGAUCGACGCAGUUUCAAAAAAUAGGUCGUUAUGGGUAUUGUUUUAGGUAUAAAGGCAUAUUUUUGCAUUCAAAUUUAUUUUUCAGUCGAAUGAAGACGAAAACAGCAGCAAUAAGCUCAAGGUUCUCCUUGCGUUGGGAGCUGGAGGUCUUCUUGGAGAUGCCUUUCUGCAUCUAAUUCCACACGCUCAAAUGGCUCAUGGUGAUGGACACGGUCACACACAUUCCCAUUCGCACUCCCAUGCCUCUGGCGAAGCCCAUGAGCCCCAUGAUCUGAGUGUUGGAGGAUGGGUUUUGGGAGGUAAGCAAGUGCAAUAUAAAUUGAAUCUUUUUGUGUUUGUUGUGUAAAGUAUGAUGCGGAAAGAUGCAUUGCUUAAUCUUGGAUUUAUUUCAGGUUUCUUCAUCUUCUUUGUGGUCGAAAAGUUUGUCCGAAUUGUUCGUGGCGACGAGGGACACGGUCAUUCGCAUGGUCCAGCCAAGCCAAAAGACAAGAAAAAGCCCGUGAAAAAGGCUAAAAGCUCAGAUACUGAUCACACCGAUGAUGAGGAAGAUCAUCACGAACAACAUAGAGCUGCAAUUGAAGCGGCAAGACUUCAAGUGGCUGCGUAUUUGAACUUGAUCGCCGAUUUUAUGCACAAUUUCACUGAUGGUCUGGCGAUUGGAGCGUCAUUUGUGGCUGGGGAAAAAGUCGGAAUUGGUGAGCUUGGACUUUGAAUUGUUGAUUAUGUCUUUAGUUACUAUGAUCACCGUCUUGAUCCAUGAAGUUCCCCAUGAGAUUGGAGAUUUCGCAAUUUUGGUUCAAUCCGGGUACUCCAAGAGAAAGGUGAGGAGAAUUUUUUGAUUUUUGUUUGAUUUUUAGGUGAAAAAAGACGGAUUAUGAAUGUAUAAAGCUGAAGGGGAGCUUUGAAAUCAUUUUUGUCCGGAUUUCAGACGUUGAGAUCGUGUUUUAGAGAUUGAUUUACCUAAAAUUAUAUUGUACUACCUUCAGGCCAUGUUGAUCCAACUUCUCACCGCUCUUGGUGCCCUAGCUGGUUGCAUUAUCGCCUGCUUGUCCUCUGACCCAUUCUCCUUGGCUGAACAAGCUCAAUCUUCAUGGGUCUUACCAUUCACAGCAGGAGGAUUCAUCUACAUUGCCGCCGUCUCAGUGAUCCCAGAGCUCUUGGAGAAGAGCUCGCUUCUUUUGAGUAUUGCUGAAGUCUUUGCAAUGACCCUAGGGGUGUUUGCGAUGUACCUCAUCGCUUUAUAUGAAUAG